AUGCACAUUCUCGCCCCGGCACUCCUGGCCUGGACGGCCCUCUUCGGCGCCGCGGAAGCCAAGUCCCACGUCAAGAUCAAGCUCAGUAUCCCGACGCUUGUGCAGUGCGAGAAGGCGAUUCUUCAUUGGAAGGGGGGGAACCCACCGUUCAAGGUAUGGGCCCAAGAAGACUCGCGCAGCCCCGACGGCAUCUCCCCGAUCACAGACUCGACCCCCAACCGCUGGGCCGAAUGGACAGUCGACGCCCCGGCUGGCACCCGGGUCUCCCUCCGCCUUCGCGACGCCAAGGGUCACUGGGUGAAAACCUACGCUGAAGUCUACCAAGGCGAGAACGAUGACUGCGUAAACCUCGCCUACCCUGAUCCUCUCGAGGAGGCCCGGCCCCCUCCUCCAAAGGAGUGGAAGGUCACGCGCGGGCUCGAGUUCGUCGCCCUCGCGGUGGUGGUGUUGCUCGCCUGCUGGGGUAUCGUGCGGGUUAUUGGGGGUCGGGAGAAGAAAGCGGAGGAGGGGAGGCAGAGGGGAGAGUAUAUCCAGGUGCAGGGCGAGGAGAUUCCCAUGCACGAUACAAGGAGGCGCACGCCUCCGCGUCAGCAGGGGGAUGGAGAGGAGUUCCGCAGUCUGUUGCCGUCUGAUAAGCGGGUUGAUUAG